AUGGCCGAUGGGGCAAAUGUAGCACAGACGUUGGACGAAAUCCAAGAAGAUCACCUGACUUGUGGCAUCUGUCUUGAACGUUACAAAAAACCAAAAGUCCUUUCAUGUAUGCAUACAUUCUGUGAACACUGCUUGGUUUCUUUGCUCGAGAAGUCCGCAGGAAAAUUGAAAUGUCCCAACUGUUCAGCAAUUUGUCUACUUGAACAGGAAGGAAUACGUGGCCUGAAAGAGCAUGUUCAUAAAACUGUGUCACGAGCUGUAGUUGAAUACCAGAGUCAUCUGAGAGAUCUGCUGCCACACCUGAAUGAGAAGAAAGCAGUGUUAUCAAACAGCAUAUGCAGAGUAACAGACGCGCAAGAAAGGGUUGCAGGAAACAUGAAAGAAGAGAUAGAGAUAGUGAAGCAUGCAACCAAGGAAAUGGUGUCCACAAUACGUAACAAAAAAACAUCUGUAAUUGCCAACAUAGAGAUGACACGUGGUGAAUCAAUGAAACAGUUUGAAGCUCAGAUGGAUAAAUUAAGUAAUCAGCGUGAAAAGGUGAUUGAGAUGUGCAGCCAUAUUCAAAAUGUACUAGGCUGUAAAGAUAAUACAAAACAAUUACGUUUGAAACAGUCCACCUUGGAGCGAAUUGAAACAUUGCUCACUUUGGAUGUGGAAGUGGAUAUCCAAGAGGAAAGCCUGCAGGUCAAAUCACAAGCUGAUUUAAUCACCGCAGUUCUCACUCUAACUGCACCUGCUUGCAUUUCCCAGUGUACCAUUGGGGGAAAUGUUGCAAAAUGGCUUCUCAGAGGCUGUUCUUUGGACAUCCCUUUUUCAACCAAAGACUGCAUAGGUAAUAUCACAACAGGAGCAAAAAAUGUGAAUGCUGUUCUUACCAAACCAAAUGGCAUCAAGGAAGAAAUGCAAGUAACAGAUAACAUGGAUGGAACAUUCUCAGUUACUUUGCAUGGUAAUAUGACAGGCACACACAAAGUCAGUGUGACAGUUGGCGGAAAACAGAUUCAAGGAUCACCUAUCACAACUACAGUCCUUGGACGUGGUUUAGUGAAAACAGUUGGCAAAUAUGGCUGUGGCAUAUUACAAUUCAACAACAUUCAAAGCAUGGCAAUUAACAAUGAUGAUGAUAUUGUUGUAGUUGACACAAAUAACAAACGAUUACAAAUCAUAACAAAUGAAGGGAAAUUUAAGGGAAUAAUACCGUUAGAAUUUUGUCCUCUAGAUGUGGCUGUUCUAAAUGACAAUACUUACGUAGUUGUUGGAGGGGACAAAAUUGCUUCCAUCAGUAGUGACAGACAGAUAAUACAGUAUUUUAAUUCAGAAGGUGGAAAUUUAAAAAGCGCUACUAUAAGCCCUGUCAAUGGUCAUAUAUAUGCACUAAGUAAAAAGUGGAACAGUUGCGUUGGUGUUUAUACACCAGAAGGUAAAUUGAUAAAAUGGGUGAAAUUAAAGUUUGCAGGCGAUUGUAUUAGAUUCAAUAGUGAUAACUUAUUGUAUAAUAACUAUCCCAAUGUCAAUGUAUAUCAGGCAGAUGGAACAUUUUUGUAUAAUGUAUGUAAAGAAGGAAAAUUAGAUCAAGAACUACAUAAUCCGAGUAGUUUAGCAUUUGAUAAACAAAACAACAUGUAUGUAACCAGUGACCACAAAGUGCAGAAGUUUAACCAAGUAGGUACAUUUCUUGAACGAAUUGACAAUGUUGAGGAUGGACUGAACCAGCCAAGAGGUAUUGUGGUUACUGCUGAUCUUAGAAUAUUUGUUGCUGAUGGUAAAAACAAUUGUAUCAAAAUAUUUGUAUAA